AUGCCCGCCGUCUGGGGCUCAACGCUACCGCCGCGGCUGCUGCUGCUGCUGCCGCUCUUGGCCCUCUGGUUGUGCCUGGCGUCGAGGAGCGCGGCGGAGACGGCGGCGUGCGCUCCCUGCCGGCGCGAGCUGUGCGAGACGGCGCGGUGCGCGGCGCCCGAGCUGACGGCGCGGGACGAGUGCGGCUGCUGCGAGCGGUGCCUGAGCGCCGAGGGCGAGCGGUGCGGAGGGGCUCGGGGCGCUCGCUGCGGCCCGGGGCUGGUGUGCGUUAGCCAGCGCCAAGCCGAGCCUCCCGCCGCCGAGGAAGAGGAGCAGGAGCAGGAAGAAGGCACCGGGCGCUGCGUCUGCAAGGAGGACGGCGCCGUCUGCGGCUCCGACGGCCGCUCUUACAGCAGCGUGUGCGCCCUCCACCUGCACAGCUGGCGCGCCCUGCACAGCGGCCGGGAGCGCGUCCGGAAGGCGCACGACGGCGAGUGCAAGCUCGCUCCCGCUAUUGUUGUACCCCCAAAGAGGAUUCACAACGUAACUGGAGCCCAAGUCUACCUGUCUUGUGAAGUGAAAGCAGUCCCAACACCCAUCAUCACCUGGAAGAAGGUCACGGAGUCCCCAAAGGGGGUGAAGCUCUUAGAAGAACUUCCUGGAGACAGAGUCAACAUGGCAGUUCAGGUCCGAGGUGGUCCUUCAAAACAUGAGAGCACAGGCUGGGUUUUGAUAAACCCUCUGACGAAAGAAGACGAGGGCAUUUACCAGUGCCAUGCUACAAACAUGGUGGGAGAAACACAGGCAGAGGGGAAUAUUAAAGUCCUAGAGCAAAGCAAAAAUAAGAGGGGUAAUUUCCUGGCAUCGGAUGACAUGAAGUAGCAAGGAUGAAGUGAUCUGACUACCUCUGAGGGAAUCGGAGCCAAGCAGACUAGAAACCCAUGGAAUAGUGAUUUGCUUUCUUAACUUGCUGAAGACUAGAAGAUACCAUUUUGAUAUUCUUAUUGAUUAAUGGUGCAAUUUGCACACCUUUUUCUUACUGUCUGAUUAAUACUGGGCAUGUAGUUAAUGAUGUAAUAAAUGCUCAAUAAAAGCAUGUUGUUGUUUUUA